CACCGUCGUCAGAGAGCUUAGAAAGUGUUACCACGGAUGUCGAACAGGUGUCCCCACUUCGAUGCCCUAACCUCGGCGCUCUGUUCAGUGGCUCUGCAGUGUCGAAUGUACACGUAUGUGCGACGUACGGGAUGUGCACCUGAAGACGUUCUUGUUACUAGGUCAUAAGAGGUGUGUAUCAAUGAAAUUCGUGCUAAUCGACCCGUUCGUCGCUAGAAAGCAGUCGCACGCAGUGACGGGGGAGCGGUCAGCGUGCGACAACGGACACAAUAUAUCUUCGUCGCGUAAAAGUGCACUCGUUCAAGUUUGACCGAUCGUCCGCUCGCACCUGGCGCCUCACGCGAGUUUGAUUCCUUCGUCUGCCGUGCGUGUUGCACUCUGCGUCCUGCUUUCCUUUCCUUACCUCUCCUUUCCUUUCGUCCUGCAACCGUGAAUCUCGUGCUCCGCGAAUAUUUCCAUCGGGAUCGCGAACGACGAUCGCGAAACUGUUUCUACGUGUGUCCGGGAUACGUCCGUGCGCGUACCGUGCGAGGCGUCCGAACUGUUACAUCGUCUGUAACCAAUUCCCCACCGGUAUGGGAAGCAGUGUGUGUGCGCGCGCGUCUGCUAACAGAUUUCUGUGGUGAAUCUUAGAAUUCGAACACGUCCGACGGUCUCGUGGUACAACUACGUCGUAAGCACGAAACGGACGAGACAGUUGGCCGAACCUGGAAGCUAACCGAAGCCGACGGUCGAAAAAGCGCGCUCACGACCACGAUUAAACUGGGUAAAUGUCUUUUUUAAGCCGUGUGACACGCGACCGAUACGUCUCGACCAUGUGGUGUGUGCAACUUAACGGUGCUGCGCUGAUACCGAGCCCACGCCCUGCUCGUAGUCAUGUGAUUCUUCUCGAAGAAGAAGGCCGACCUUUGACAUUUGGUUGCGACUAGUUCCCCGUAGAAACCCACCCCCGUCUUCAGACCUCUCUGGACUUCCGGCUGCGAAGAUCGGGUGAUGAGCUCAGGGUACAAGGUGACAAGCCCCGUAAAAAAAUGUUUCGCUCCAAGAUUCGCAUUCACACGUGUCAAGUGAUACUGCUCACGUCGCUGGUAUGGUUGCUCGUGGACGCGAUGGUGCUGAUGCUCUAUUCGGACUGUAUCGGAGGGUCCGCGUGGGGUUGCACGGAGAGUAACAAGCAGCAGACGUUAACGGAGGAGAGCGUACCCCUUCCGAAAGCGCUGAAGGACGAGCAACAAAUUCAGCCCACCAGCCAACAAAGCAAGAGACGUUACAAGCAGUCCGAGCUGCAUCUUUGGAGGCCGGCGAAGGUUGUCCGCGAGAAGAAGGGUAGCCCUGGCGAGAUGGGCGCAGCGGUGCACAUUUCGCCGGAAGACGAGGCCAGGCAACAAGAGCUCUUCAAGUUGAAUCAGUUUAAUCUCAUGGCCAGCGACAUGAUCUCCUUGAAUCGCUCCCUGAAGGACAUCAGGCUCGAGGGAUGCAAGACGAAGAAGCACAACAAGUACCUCCCCGAUACGAGCAUCGUCAUUGUGUUUCACAAUGAGGCCUGGAGCACGCUGCUGAGGACCGUCUGGUCGGUUAUCAACCGAUCGCCCAGAACCCUGCUCAAGGAGAUCAUCCUGGUGGACGACAAGAGCGAACAAGAACACUUGAAGCAAAAGCUGGAGGACUACGUUAAAACGCUACCCGUCCCUACGUACGUGUAUCGUACCGAGAAAAGGUCGGGCCUAAUAAGAGCUAGACUGCUCGGGGCGAAGCACGUCAAGGGACAAGUGAUAACGUUCUUGGACGCGCACUGCGAAUGCACCGAAGGCUGGCUGGAACCUCUGCUCUCUAGGAUCGCCGAGGACAGAACCACGGUUGUGUGUCCCAUCAUCGACGUAAUCAGCGACGACACUUUUGAAUAUAUUCCAGCGAGCGAUAUGACAUGGGGCGGUUUCAAUUGGAAACUAAACUUCAGAUGGUACAGAGUAGCGCAAAGAGAAAUGGACAGAAGAUUAGGAGACAGAACCGCUCCUCUACGAACGCCAACGAUGGCUGGCGGAUUAUUUUCUAUCGAUAAGGACUAUUUUUACGAGUUGGGCGCGUACGACGAGGGCAUGGAUAUUUGGGGCGGUGAAAAUCUCGAAAUGAGUUUUCGGGUAUGGCAAUGCGGUGGAACGUUAGAAAUCAGUCCAUGUUCACACGUUGGACAUGUAUUCCGAGACAAGAGUCCAUAUACAUUCCCUGGUGGUGUCAGCAAAGUAGUACUACACAAUGCGGCUAGGGUGGCCGAAGUCUGGAUGGAUGAGUGGAGAGAUUUUUACUAUGCCAUGAACCCAGGAGCUCGAAGUGUAGUCGUCGGUGACGUAUCCGAACGAAUUAAGCUGCGAGAGCAACUGAAAUGUAAAAGCUUCAGGUGGUAUUUGGAAAAUAUUUAUCCUGAAUCACCUAUGCCGCUAGAUUAUUACUAUCUAGGAGACGUACAAAACGUUGACACGCAAACUUGUUUGGACACUAUGGGCAGGAGAACGGGAGAAAAUGUUGGAAUUAGCUAUUGUCAUGGAUUGGGUGGUAAUCAAGUAUUUGCUUAUACUAAACGACAGCAAAUUAUGUCCGAUGAUAUGUGCCUUGAUGCAGCUAGUCCCCAAGGUCCCGUCAAAAUAGUACGAUGCCAUGGUAUGGGUGGAAAUCAAGCGUGGGUGUAUAACGAGGAGACAAAGAUGAUCAAACACACUCAUACAGGACACUGUUUGUCUAAACCUCGUUCGAACGAUGUAAUACAACCUGUCCUAUCACCGUGCGAUCCUCGUAAUAUUGGCCAGAAAUGGAUUAUGCGUAGUAAAUUCAAAUGGCAAGCCAGCUAAUACCAACUGAGUCUAAAAUGCAACAAUUGUGUGUAACAUUUGUUGCCAUAUUUAAUAUACUACAAUUAAGACAGUCGAGAGACUUCACUGCAUACAACAUCAAGACGGAAAAUAGUAUUAUAUUCCAUAAAGUCUAAUAUCAUCUUUCGCCGAUCCACCGAACGUCGAUGGUAUCGACAAUGCAACAGAAAUUGACUUAUACCUUAAAACUGAAAGAUUGAAGUUAAUGCUUUUAGUUAUAUAGGAUUUAUUUACUGUUAAUAGCAGUAUUGUGUAUUUACUAUCAUUCUCAUGGUAUGCCUUGAUUAAUAAUGCACAAGAGUGUUGAAGAAAAAAAUAUUUCCAAUUGUGAGUGGAUGUAUACAAGUGAUACAAAGAGAGAUGUAUGUGAACAUUUUUUUUUUCUUUUUUCUUUUUUUAACAGUAGAGAGGAAAGCAUAUCAGACCACUGUUAUAAAUAAAUAAUUGUUGUUAAUAAAAAAGAAGAGAGACAUAUUUGAUAGUAUGGGAUGAGUGCAAUGCCGGAUGACUGGAAGAUAUAUCAGUGCGCUAAACCACAGAUAUGUUUACGACAGAGUGAAUGUUAGAAUGCAAGUGGACUUAUUGUGACACUACCGAUUACGAUUUAGGACUUAUACUGUACAAGUUUCUAGCGAUUAGGGAAGAGCACUGAAUCUUUUUAUACUGAUAUUUCUAACAGUUCCUUGUUGCAUCUCGUUCGUAUAAUUUAGUUGUUAUUUUCUUCUUAUUUGUUUGGAAGGAUAAAUGUAUUUAUACUUGAAUUCGCCAUAGCAAUAUGAGAUUACAUUUACGAAAUAUCGUUUAAGAAUAUGAAGAACUAUCGACUGUUAUUCAAUGUAAUGUUAUAUUUUAAAUAUUUUCUUAAAUUCAAGACAGAAUGUCUUCCGUAUAUUCUUAGAAACGAAAGGUAAAUAUUUUUAUGAUGUCCCUACCAUCUUGCAUAGUUACAAUUCUUAAUGGAUUCAGACGUUUUACCUUCUAUGUGCUAGAGGUAUGCAAAAAGUUUAGAGUGCAAUAUACUUGUUGAUUGAGACACAUAGAGAACAGUUUCCUGUAAGUAAUGUAAAAAUGUUGUUAUUAGAUUCUGGCGCCCUUCCCUUACAUUGUAGUAGAUUCAAGUUGGUAAUUUUUUCACAGUCCGAAGGCAAAAGGCAGUCGACAAAGUAAAACAUUUUUUUCUGGAAAAUGUUGACUGAUAAUUAGAGUUAAAUUAGCGUUUAAGAAAAAAUAUAGCUAAUUCUGCAACUUGAAAUAAGAAAACACAACUACAAUUAUAAUAUUUAAACUAUAUUAUACGCAACUCUAAAAUUUCAAUUUAGGACAAUUUUAAUGGCAAAGAAUAUAUUCAAUUUUAUGUUACUUGAAGGAAUGGUGAUGGUGCAACAGAUUAUCGUUUACAGCAUAAUUAUAUAUUUAAUUAUUCAUGCAAAACUAUAGUAUUUAUUUUUGUACAGGACUUGAUUUCUAUUAAAUGAUUACAUUAUUUGAAUGUAUGUUGAAUUAAGAAUUGUAUUAGCAAAAUUUGUAGAUAGUUGUUAGCUGUUUAAACUGCUAAAGUUAAGUUUAAGUAAGCUCAGAGUAAGUUCAUAAACAUAGAAAAGAUAAAGUCAAUAAUAAUUUGUAAACACAUUUUUAAUUUUAAAAGGAAUCUGUUGAAGCUGCUCGUUAUUAGUACUUACAUACAUAUUGUAUUACUGUUUCCAUUUUAAUUCAUUCUACCAAAAUAGUGUUCUCAAUUAUUCAUAACCAUUAAUUAAAAUACCUAUAAACAUUAUAUUCAAACAUAAAAUUACUUGCCAGUGCAAAUUUCUUCCAAAACGAAUGUACACGAAAGACUACUAAAAAGUAGUCAUAUUCUCUUAUUUACGCGUGAUGCGUGAAUUUAUGUAUGCGUAUACAACAGCGAUUGGAUAUGAAAGAACAAUUUCUUUUAUUAUUUAUGAUUAAAAAAAUUCAGUCUGAAAUUAAUACAGCUUAAAGGACAAUAAAAUAGUCUACCUUCCAUUAGGUUCUUCUCCAUUUGUAUUUAUAAUAUAUAUGUAUAAUAUCUAAUCGCUAUGAUUAAAUUAACACUUUCACAUAUUUUCUAAAACCUUAAUACAUUUUUAAGCAUUAGUUAGCUUAAUUACUUUAAACAAGGUAACAUGUGUCCGUGUUUCAUAAAACUUGUAUACAAAACACCCAUCGUUAACCCAAUUCUCUCAGAGAGUGAAAUUUGCUAUAAGAAAUUGUAAAGAAAAAGAUCAUGUAUCUAUUCCUAGUAAAAUUUAAUAUAUACAUCAGAACCAUGAGAAAAUGUGAAUGUAAAUAAAUUCACUGGCUAUGGUUUCAGUGUACCUCCAGAAUUAUUUCUAAAUAUGACUUUCUAAUCAAGAUAUCCAUUAAGAUCUAUGAUUCUGAUGUAUUAUAUAUUGAAUUCUCAAAAAUCUAUUAAACCCAGAAAAAAUUGUAUUUUGCGUUAGCAUAACUCCUAUAUUAAAAUAAUUUUAAAAUAA